GGGGCUGCGGCUGGUGGGGAAGGGGUGAGGCUCUCAGGCCAGGAUGGACGCGCCCUUUGCCAACGAAAUCCUCCGGGGGGUGUGCGCCGCGGGCGGCUCUCUGAAAGUCAGCGAGAUUAAGGUCCGACUGGACCCGGAGCGCCUUGACUUGAUACUGCAGGAUAAGAAGAAGUUCACGCUGGUGACCCGGGAGGACCCCCCCUCGGCGGCCGGCAGCGAGGAGCACCGGGUGGUGGUGGCUACCACCGGGGCGCGGCUGUGCCGGGAGCACGGCAGUGGGAAGUGCGCCGGUGGCUGCCGGCAGUUCCAUCUCUGCCGGUACUUCGUGUACGGGGGGUGCCGCCAUCAGGCCUCGAGGAAACCGUGCAGGUUUAUCCAUGACGUUUAUACUGACCACAACCUCUCUGUCCUAAAAGAACAUGGGCUAGAAGCCUUAAACUCUGAUGAAUUGUGUCAACUGCUACUUCAGAAUGAACCUUCGCUCUUGCCUGAGAUCUGUCCAUAUUACAACAAAGGGGAUGGGCCUUAUGGAUCUUGUACCUUUAAGAAGAUCUGUGUUAAACUUCAUAUAUGUCAGUACUACCUCCAGGGAGAAUGUAGAUUUGGGAGUAACUGCAGACACUCUCAUGAUAUUUUUAAUCCAGAUUGUUAUGAGAAACUGGAGAAAUGGGGGAUGAGCCAAGCUUUGAUUAGUAAAAUUCCACUGAUCUACAGGAAUGCGUAUGACAUAAAAAACAGCUCAUCAUCAACAUACAAAGAGAGAAGAGAAAGUCAGGUAUUGUCCACCACAGACACUGAUGAAUCAGAUAUGAUUUGCUUAUACCACAUUAGGAAAAGUUGUAGCUUUCAAGAUAAAUGUACCCGAGUUCACUACCAUUUGCCAUAUAGAUGGCAAAUUUUAAAUGGUACUUCGUGGAAAGAUCUGGAUGAUAUGAAGAAAAUUGAAGAAGCCUACUGUCGCCCAUUCAGUGAAAGCGUAUUCCACUUUGGAUGGAAGGAAUGUGGCCAGGCUUUACAAUUGCAAUAUAUUGAUUUCUCCACAAUGACAUGUGGCUCUGCUAAAGUUAGACGCCUCUCCACACCAUCUUCUGUGACCAAGCCUCCUCACUAUAUUCUUACAACAGAUUGGAUCUGGUACUGGAAAGAUGAAUAUGGUAUAUGGAAUGAAUAUGGAAAACAAGAUGAUGAUCAUGCUGCUGCUACUGUGUCCAGCUUUGACUUGGAGAAAGCCUAUCAGUCUGAAGUAUUUACGACCCUCCAGUUCUCUGCUGGGAUACACAAUUAUGAGAUUGAUUUUAAAGCCAUGAAACAAAAAAACAUGAAAUAUCAAACAGAACGAAGUGCUUGUAGGCGGCCUAAGUUUGUGUCUUCAGAAGAAGUGGAGAAGAAGAAAAAAAGUGGGCCAGAGCAAUCAAAGGAAAGCUCUACACACAUUCCAUCUCACUGGGACCAGUCAGCCUUACCAGAUCUGGGACAUGCGCUGGUCAACCUCCUCCCAUCCUCCAGUGAGUACAGAAAAGUCCAGGUUAACUUUCAGCGCACAAUGCCCAGGGCCACCAUUGUGGCAAUCAAAAGAAUCCAGAAUGUGUCCCUUUGGGAAGUUUAUCUGUGGCAGAAAGAGCAAAUGAAGAAGGCAAAUGGGGGGAAGGAUGUGGAUGAAAGGUCAUUGUUUCAUGGAACAAGUAAAAACCAUGUUGAUGCUAUCUGCGAGCAGAAUUUUGACUGGAGGAUCUGUGGUCUUCAUGGUACAGCUUAUGGCAAAGGAAGUUACUUUGCCAGGGAUGCUGCAUAUUCCGAUAACUACAGUGGAAACAACUCUUCUAUCAAGACCAUGUUUCUCGCCAAAGUAUUGGUGGGAGAGUUUACAAAUGGCAAUUCUUCCUAUCUCCGCCCCCCUGCCAAAAAUAACCAGGACAAUCUUUUCUAUAACAGCUGUGUGAAUAGUCUCCUGAAUCCAUCCAUCUUUGUCAUUUUUGAGAAGCACCAAAUUUAUCCAGAAUACUUGAUUGAAUACAAAAUUAAAUAGAAUUUGUGGGUAGAGCAUGUAUUCCUGUUUAACACACUGCUAAAUGAGCUCCUUUCUGGAUGACCACUGAAGGCCUUAGUCUUCAGACACAUUCAUGUUAGGACUGUCAGCAUUUUGUUUUUUGAUUUUAAACAUCUUUUUGAUGGAUUAGAAAAAUAUCCUCUUCUCCCCCCAUCCCCAAAAUUGGGCAUCUUAAAUGUAAAAAGCAGCCUUAAUUUUUACUGUCAGAGCUCAAUAAAUCUAUGGGUGUUAAGUGCUUUCUUAGAAGAAAUAUUAUUCCUUUCUCAAGGAGGAAUACUUUUGCUGUGAUUAUACUUGUUCUGAUAGCUAUAUGUCAUGUAAUAUGUCAUGUAAAAUCCAAGAGAAUGCUUUUGUAUUCAUAGGCAGAUUUAAUCAGUUAAAUCAGAAAUGACUCAUUGACUAGGUUUUGUUUGGGGAGCAAUAGCCCUAAUACUUAGCCUUAAAUAAUAACACACACACGCUUGCAUUAAUUGCAGCAGAGAUGUGCAGUAGUUUGAAAAAGUGCUUUGGAGCAGGCAUGUACCACACUGAUCUCUUGGUGCUGCCUUAUGCCAAUAGAUAUGGUGUGCUCACCCACACCUGCUCUGAAAGAAUUUAAUAAUCUUAUAUCUGGACUUUUAAGGCAUUGGACAUCCCUUAAUUGCAGAUAAUGUUGCAACAAGAGCCCGCAUGAAGCAGCACUGGUUUUCAUAAUCUCUAAUGUGCUAUUUGAAACAGUUCUACUGUUUUUGCAGUAGAUAUUAAGAUUUUAGCAUUAGCAUAAAUUCAUCUCUUUUAAUGGCUGUUCUC